AGCGGAGGAAAAGCCGUUAGUUCGUAGCGUCAGGGGGAGAAAGUCCGACCGUCCAUGUCUUCAACACAAACAUCAGCACGCUGACAAAAGUUAGUGGCAGCGAUGUCGAGAGAAAACACCACCCGGAGUCUGGACAGCAUUGACCUCGCCGCUUUACGAGAUCCUGCAGGUAUCUUUGAGUUGGUUGAAGUCGUUGGCAAUGGAACCUAUGGUCAGGUGUACAAGGGUCGUCAUGUCAAGACGGGUCAACUGGCAGCUAUUAAAGUCAUGGAGGUCACAGAGGAGGAAGAAGAGGAGAUAAAGCUGGAGAUCAACAUGUUGAAAAGUUAUUCCCACCACAGAAACAUCGCUACGUAUUACGGUGCCUUCAUUAAGAAAGGCCCUGCUGGACAGGACCACCAACUCUGGUUAGUGAUGGAGUACUGUGGAGCUGGCUCUGUGACAGAUUUGGUGAAGAAGACCAAGGGGAACUGUUUGAAAGAAGACUGGAUCGCAUACAUCUGCCGAGAGGUGCUCAGGGGCCUUUCCCAUCUUCACUCCCAUCAUGUGAUUCACCGAGACAUAAAGGGCCAAAAUGUUUUGCUCACAGAGAAUGCCGAAGUCAAACUGGUCGACUUUGGCGUGUCGGCUCAGCUGGAUAAGACGAUCGGUCGGAGGAACACGUUCAUCGGUACUCCCUACUGGAUGGCGCCAGAGGUCAUCGCCUGUGACGAGAACCCAGAAGCCACAUAUGACUACAGGAGUGACCUGUGGUCUUUAGGCAUCACCGCUUUAGAGAUGGCUGAAGGAGCACCUCCUCUGUGCGACAUGCAUCCAAUGAGAGCGCUGUUUUUGAUUCCUCGAAACCCUCCACCCAAACUGAAAUCAAAGAAAUGGUCGAAGCGUUUCUUGUCGUUCGUCGACAGCUGCCUGGUCAAGAACCAUCUGCACCGACCCACCACGGACACCCUGCUGAGGCACGCCUUCAUCAGAGACCUGGCUAACGAGAGACAAGUUCGCAUCAUGCUCAAAGAUCACCUGGACAGAACCAGGAAGAAGCGAGAGAAAGAGGGUCCAGAGUAUGAGUACAGUGGCAGUGAGGGGGAGGAGGACGAGGUCACGGAGGAGGAAGGAGAACCCAGCUCCAUAGUGAAUGUUCCCGGCGAAUGGACGUUAAGACGGGAGUUUCUUCGCUUACAGACUGAAGAUCGUGAAGGAGGCAGAGAAGGAGGCCACGGAGGAGGAGGAGGUCAGCAGAGACAACAGGCAUUACAGCAGCACAGGCAGCAGUUGGCAGAGCAGGAACGAUUAAAGCAGCAGUUUCUGGCUGACAGACAGAAGAGGAUCCAGCAGCAGCAAGAGCAGCGGCAAAAGUUAGAAGAUCAGCAGAGGCAGCACCUGUCUGACUGCGCCUUCCAGUGGGCGGAGCUUCAGGAGAUCUUCCUCGGGGAGGAGUCUGAUCUCCAUGACAACAGAAUCUCAGUGGAUGAGAGAAACAGGAGGAGUGACAGGAGACAGGACCAGACAGGCAGACAGCGGAGUGCUGAUGUGUCAGUAAGGCCUCUGGACUCCUCAGCAGAGCAGAGAGCCGUGGCUCCAAAUCAGCUGCUUCAGCAUAAGGCCCAGCACUCCCAGCCUCCGCUACAGCCGCAAGCCAAGCCCCAGCCUCUGGCCCAGCAUCAGCAGCCCUCAGCGGGCAGGAGAUCCCACCGCACCCUGCCCAAGGACCAAACCCAGCUCCUGUCGCUGCAGCACGACCACAGACACAGAGACAGAGAGCGGCAGAGGCAGAGAGAGACGCCUGUGGCGACUGUCCAGAAGCUAACAGCUAAUAGUGGGAACCCUGCCGCCGCUGCCGCUGCUGCUGCUGCUGCUGCCGCCUCGUCAAGUCGCCCUGCAAACAGCCCGCGCUCAGCGAUGGACGUUCAGGAAUCAAACUUAGCCAGGUUGCUCUUGGCUGCCGGCCUGCCCAGCCAGAUGCACUCGAGGCUGGGCUCUGGAAGCAGCUCCAGUCCUUGUACACCAGCCAUGCAGAGAGCUCACUUCAGUCAGAAUGCUAACCUUCGCUCCAGUCGGGAUGCCCACCACAGCAGCUCCAUGUCAGACAUGGCCCUCUCGCCUUUGUCCCCAUUCUCCCCCCUGUCCCCAACCGACAGUGUCUUCUGGGACUCUGUGGAGACUCCACCUAAAGUUCCAGAACGCACUACCUCAAAGUUUUACUGUCGAGAACUGGUGAUGGGACACAAGCGGGCAGCUUCAAGUGGCAGUCCGGUGUCCAUCGCAGAUAAAAGUGGAAGGUCUCAUGGAUUUUCAUCACCGAGCAGCAAUCACCCAGGAUACUUCAAGCUGGAGAGUCCUCUGCUACAGCACCGCCUGCAGCAGCAGCACAGGAAGACCGAACACAGCGGACACACACAAGGACUAAAACCUGCUCUGGGUCGACUCAACAAGGCCACAGAAUACUCGUCCUCCAGUGACGAGGUUGGCAGCAGCGACGACGAAGACAGAAACAGGUCUGGCCUGUCCAACGGUAAAGGGAAAUACUUCAGAGGAAUUCCUGAUGGCAUCGUCCUGCAGCCUCACCACAACCUCAACCAGAUUUCUCGGCUGGGUUCAGAUGACACCUACCUGCUACCAGACCUGCUGCAGAAAACCACUUCCUCCAGUCCUCUGCACAACGCGCUGUGCCUGCAGCAGCGAACUCAUGAACUCAACUACUCACGAUCUCCCACAGCCCCUGGAUCCCCGACACACCAGGAUCUACAUGCUGUCAGCAGUCCUACUGGUAAAGGCACCCCUUCGUCUUCCUCUUCCUCCUUCAUGUCCUUCAUCGAUCCAAGGCUGAUCCCCAUAUCAUCGCCACCACAGAGCCCCACGGGCAUUAAAGGUGAACCAUUCAAGAGAGAGAACCACAGGAAGGGCUCCGUGGUGAAUGUGAACCCGACCAACAUUCGACCACAGAGCGACACUCCUGAGAUCCGCAAGUACAAAAAGAAGUUCAACGCCGAGGUUCUCUGUGCUGGACUAUGGGGUGUGAAUCUGUUGGUGGGGACAGAAAAUGGCCUCUGGUUGCUGGAUCGAAGUGGUCAGGGGAAAGUCUACUCCCUCAUCAGCAGACGAAGGUUUCAGCAGAUGGACGUACUGGAAGGACUCAAUGUACUGAUCACUAUAUCAGGUAAAAAGAACAAGCUGCGUCUCUACUACCUGUCCUGGUUAAGGAAUAAAAUCCUCCAUAAUGACCCCGAGGUGGAGAAGAGACAGGGCUGGACAUCAGUAGGUGACCUGGAGGGCUGUGUACACUACAAAGUGGUGCGCUACGAGAAGAUAAAGUUCUUGGUGAUAGCGUUGAAGAAUGCUGUGGAGGUGUACGCCUGGGCCCCAAAACCAUACCACAAGUUCAUGGCCUUCAAGUCGUUCAGGUCUCUGCCUCAAAAACCGAUGUCUGUCGACCUGACGGUGGAGGAAGGCCAAAGGUUAAAGGUCAUCUACGGCUCUUUGUCUGGUUUUCACGCCAUCGAUGUCGACUCUGGAACACCGUACGACCUCUACCUGCCUACACAUAUCCAGGGUUCUAUCCGUCCCCAUGCCAUCAUCAUUCUGCCCAACAAAGCAGGAACAGAGGUUCUGGUUUGCUACGAGGACGAGGGCGUCUACAUCGACACCUACGGCCGAAUCACCAAGGACACGGUGCUGCAGUGGGGGGAGAUGCCUGCGUCUGUCGCCUACCUUCAGUCUAACCAGGUGAUGGGUUGGGGAGAAAAGGCCAUCGAGCUGAGAUCAGCCAACACCGGGAACCUGGAGGGAGUCUUCAUGCACAAAAAGGCCCAAAAACUCAAGUUCCUGUGUGAAAGGAACGACAAGGUCUUCUUCGCUUCAGUGCAGUCGGGAGGCAGCAGUCAGAUCUACUUCAUGACUCUGGGACAGAACUCGCUCUUCAGCUGGUAACGACUGGACCUGGUGACUCUGGGAUCAGCCGGUCGGGUCUGCCGUCGUUAAUCUGGAUCGGCCUGCUGAAGCCUUCAUGAGCAGCGGACGCCGCACACGGAUCUAUUCCUCCAUCCUCAGUCUGUGUAGUUUUCAUGUAAAUGUGUAGAUAUGUCCAUGGUUGAGGAGAAAAGCUUGAAUCACUCCAUCCGUGACUACUGACGGCUGAUCACAGCACAAAAAUCUGGACCUAAUAUUCAGCUUGACGUCGCUGCAUCCAUCCACAGAAAUGUCAGAAGGUAUAACUGACAUCUGUAACCUGAGUCCGUCUCAUGGCUUCACGUCCACAAACACUGUUUCUGUGCCGUUUUAUCCACAUCCACCAGAAGAAAAACUGGAUUUGGAUGAUUGUUUGGAGUUUUCAAACAAACACCUGUUGACAUCUGGCCUCAGGACUCCAGCUCAGCUCAUCUCUCCUGGAUCAGUUAACCCCCCCAUGGACUCGGUUGUAUCCACUAAUCGUGUGUACAUCACUUCUUAACUCACAUUUGCUCUAACGUUGCCCAGCUGUGACGUUUCACUGGAUCGUCUGCCUCCUCCUCACCCGAUGGAGUCAUUCCACCUGGAUGUUAUUCUCACGCCGGCGUUGAACCGUCCUCCAUUAACCUCGUUCACUCUCUGAGCAUCGUCUGGGCAUUUCAACGAGUAGAUCAGCUACUUCAUGUCAUUCCACUUUUUAUCCCGAAUUCUGUCCCUUCAGUCAGUUUCCAGAUCAAGACCAGUCCGUCUGUAAUACCUCAAAACUGUUCCACGCUUCUGAAGGCCUUCAGUUGAGUUUAGUUUCCUCAUUACUGCUAUAAUCAGUGUUCAAGAACCCAAACAAAUUAAGUUGUUGAUGACUAUGAAGUAAUGUGUGAGAAGUAUUUCCCUUUCAAGUCAGUAUUAUUUCUUAAACAGAUCAAUCAGUAUUCUUAAGAUGUAAAACUAUUUAUUUUUGAUUGAAGCAGAGCAGUACGUCAGGUUUUUCUUCACCAAUAGUAAAAUAAUCUCUCGGUAUAUUUGCUGCAUCACAUUUUGCAUUAAAGGCGAGUUUGUGUUUGUAUCACAUCCACCUUCACACACCUGGACCAGGCGGUUUAUUCCUCUACAACAGAGCCUCUGACUUUGCUGUAGAAGCCACAGUCCUGAUGUAGAGAUAAGAAACAAGCACAGCGCCACAGUAACAGGCUUCUCCGUGGUUCUUUGUACAGCAGCUUAGGAUGUAAAUACUCUUGUAAGAUGCACUGUUUUCUAAAUAUUUUCUAAAUGAAAAGCCAUCUCUAUGUACAGAACGAUAGGCUCAUGAAUGUGGAACUCAGCCCCCAGAACACACUUCACACUUGUCGUCUCCACCUUCUCUGAGCGCCUGACGACGAGCUACUGACAGUGAAUUUGAAGGCUCCGGUUCAGGCUCCUGGUUGGAAAGAUCAAAUGUGAAGUCUGUUUUUUUUUGUGGUUGGUUUCCAGACGUCAGGUGUUUUUGCACAAUAGUCAUCUUGUUCAUGUUUUCUGUUCAACAUCCUGCUUUGAAGGUUCAAAGAGGAGACGUUUUAAAGCCAUUCUGUAGUCAGCGUUGAAGAGAUGGAAGCCUCUGGAUCAGUAUUUGUUACACUACCCAAGUGUUGGGACCUGAGGAGAUGCGAUGAGUCGGGCUGGAAGACGUGACAUCGCCCCGUUGUAUCAUAUCGUUUGUGUUUUUAAUGAUAUUUUGCCGUCAUUUACACGACGAGCUUCAAAGCAGGAAACCAAAGAUGAGAGCUUUGAUGCUUCCAGUGAGGGAAAAUUCACAACUGACUUUCUGAUUUGAAACCAGAAUCAUGUUAUAAAAUAAUGAGAUCAUCCGUCGGCCUGAACGUCCCCCAGGACUGAUGCCAAAUUUAAACAAGAGAUCUGCAGGGUAUUUGUUCACAUGUAUGCUUAUGUAUGCUAAAGGUAAAGAGAUAAUUGGUCUUUACCUUCAAAUGUGAAUUUAUCCAUUGUCAUUAUAUCCGUCUGUCACAUUAUCCUCUGCUCUGCAUUUACUCUUUGUGGCUGCCGACCGUCGCGCCAAAACGUUUUAUAUUCAGCGAUACUUUUAGUUUUUAUUCUAGACUUGAGAGGAAAUAUUUACAGCUGGUUCUGUGAGAAUAUUUUAAACUGGAAAUUGAACUCUGUGACUGUCUUAUUGCUACGUUUGUACCAAAUGUCUCAUUUGUUUUCAGUGGGAAGCACCAGAGCAGACCAGAUAGCUCAUCGUGGCUACAGCGCAUGAAUUUACAGGCUGAUUAGAACAAAGUGUGUCGCGUUCACACAUGAGAUUAAAACACAAGUUAACUUCACAUACGUUGAGCUAAUAUUUGCAUAGAUUCAAAGAUUUUUGGAAACAACUGCCAACAAAUUUGGAGGUUAAUAGUAAUUCUAAUACAGUUUUAGUAUUUGCAUAAAUUCAUUCAGAUGUAGACUUUAUUUCCCGUCACAUUUAUCCUCUGUGUUGGUUUGGGCUCAGCUUCGGUCUGCUCAGCUGUUAGACGGUUGGAAUCGGCAGGUUUGGUCGGGUUCCCAAACAAGAACCCGGCCAUCGCAGAGUCCAGAUGGGACGGGAGGCCGGAUCAGAGCUGAUCCUGAACCAGCACAGAGGUUUCAGCUUCUGCUUUACGUUAAAAAUAAUAACAUAGAGAGACAAUGUCCAGGAACUAGACGACUGCACUCAUUAAACCAACACUCUGUUAGUGUUGAUGUAAAGUUAAUUAUUAAGGUUACUUAACAAAUUCAGCCAUUCGUUUAUCAGCUUCUUGCUUCUGUUCCAGUUGAGAUUGAUUAUUUUGCAAACUCUGAUUAGUAUUUAAAGCCAUGUUGUGUUAGUUUAAACCCACUUAAAUUGUUCUGUGCAGUUAUAAUACAGCGACAGUAUUAAUCACAGGGAAUAUUCAGUGUGUUAGAAACAGGUUCCUGCACCUUUCUACUGUUAAAAUCCAGUAAACAUGUAUUUUCUGCGUUUAUUUUGCUAUGUCGUCGUAAACCCGCCAUCAUAUUCGUCUCACCAACACGACUGUUGUUUCAAUCUGCAUCAUUCUCCGUCCUGCUUCAGUGAAUCCUGACCGGCGUCUCGCCCGGCGAUGUGCUGCACGUUCAGGUCGAUCAUCAUCCCUGAGCCUCGUUAGAAGCAGACUUCUGUUUCUGUAUCAGUAAUGAGACGGAGGGAGAUCACUUCUCCUCCUCCUCCCACACCUUCCACCGGUUCACAUCAUGAUAGGUUCUGUUUCAGUGACUCACGUCUCCAGCUCUCCCACAAACUCCUUUUCUCAGCACGUCUCCUCUCACAUUCCUUCCCUCUGCGUCUUAUCCUCAACUCUCUGCGGCGUUUUCUCACCACUUCCUGCCUCUUUGUUCCCGUUACUUCUUCUCUCUACGGCUUUCCACUCUUUUUAUUGUUUCUGUCAGGCAAAUGAUUGAUAUUUUAUCCACAAGAUCAUAUCCACUGAUUCCUCAUGUUUCUGAUCCACUACUUAUUCUAAAACACAACAUUUUAUAGUUAAAAGUAACCGUAAAUGGACCCAGCUCUGCUUCUUUUUCUCUCUUUUUGCUGAAGCAGGACAAAGAAUGAUGCAGAUUUUUUUUAUUUCAAUAUUCAAUUAGGUGCAAACUGUUGUUUUUCCCAGCCUGCGUAUUAACAAAAAGUCUGCCGAUGGGAUUUAAAGCGAGAACGUUUGCGUAGGAGGGUGUGAUGUAGAUUGGAAACAGGUUUUUCAUUGAGCCAGAAUUUGGUGUGCGAGUGGAGAAAGGAUGGAGUUAAAGGAGAAGAAGGCCGGUGGUUUAAGUCAGGUGGUCAGUUCGUAGAAGGAACGUGGAUGUUUUUAUGUGGAGUGUAAAGAGGCUUAAUUUAUUUAGAUAAUGUAGAUGUAAUGAUGGUUGUGGUGAAGAGAAGAAGAGCAACGAUAUGAGAGUGACAGUGAUUGUACUGAAUAGUGUUUUUUAAAUAUUCAACUUUAUAUCAAAUUUUAUCCCAAAAUAAUCCUCCUGCUUGCGUUAUAAAAGCUGAUAGCCAUUUAUAAUUAACUGAUGAUCUUUUGAAAUGUGAUAUUUUUCCAAAAAAAAGAGAUUUAUCCAAGAAGUUACCUUGUGGUCGAACUUUAAACUUUACUUCCCGACCGUUAGCUGAAGGAUCGCUGUAGGAGGCUUCUGGUGUUUUCUGACACAACAGACACUUGUGUUCCUGUACAAAUUCUAAAGAGAUUAUAUAAGACCAAAUAUUAUAUAGAAAUGUAUCUGAGAAUAUAUAUAUAUAUAUAUUUGCCCUCCUGUACCAUUUAUAAAGAUGAUUCUUUUUGUGUUAUUUUUGCACUGGACCUUUGUUGGAUGCAUCGUAUACUGUAGCCCUCCUGCUUUGAGAUGAACACACACUAACUCGUGUUUCCGUGUAAAGAGGCAAAAGACAGUGAGACAAUAAAUAAUGUUGAAUCCA